AUGAAGACUUUAAAAAGAUUUAUGUUCUACCGAAUGCUCUUCGGAUAUUAUUACGAUUUUAGGUCCACCAAAUUGGUAAAUGUUUAUAAACGAAUCUACUGUGCUGCUUUUGUUUUGGUUAUCAGUGUGUGUGUAUGUUAUAACAUGACAUUUAAUAUCACAAAUUCCGUGGUGUACACAUUGACAGAGUUUUAUUUUUUAAUAAUAAAAUCUUUUUUCUUUGAAAGUAAGAUCGAGGAAUAUUUCUACAAAAUACUCAAAUUAGACAAGAUGUUUCGCAUAGAACAUAGAAUUAUUUCUUUAAAAAUGUACUUCAUUUUUAUAUUUGUGUUUUUACUUCAAUGGGUCGUAUUCUUACUCAAUUCUAAUGAAUCAUAUUUUAUUUUUCUGAUCUCUCUAUCAAUCUCUAUCAGUUAUAUACCUCAAAUAAUUGUUUUUGAUGUACUGUCCAGUCGAAUCAACAUUUUAAGACAUACUAUACCGUGUAAAUAUUGCUUCAACAUCCGAAGGAGAGAUAAGAUAUUAUACAAAAAUUUUUGUUUAAAAAAAUGUAUAAUUUAUUAUAAAGAGUUAUUAAACAAUAUUAAUUGCAUAGAAAAGGAACUUAAUAUAACUCUAUUGAUUUCAAUUAUAGUUAAUUAUCCAGAAACAUUAUUUCAAUUUUGGAAUUUCAUGGUCCAAUUUUUACAAGAGGAUUGGACACUAUAUGAUGCCUUUUCCGCUUUCUGUCCAGCGGUAAUAGUAAUAUUAACUUUAACUAUAACGGCAAUGUUGGCUAAUUCGAUAUGUCAGGAGUGUAAAAAUAUCACUAAUAUUCUAUUGGAUCAAUACAUUCCAUGUCAAGAUAAAAUGCUGCAAUUGGAACUUCAUCGGGCGUUGUAUUACAUGACAUAUCGCCCUUUCCAGUUUUGUAUCAUCCGAGCCAUACCUUUGAACAUUAAAAUACCGAUUAGCUUUUUAAGCGUUUGUAUAUCGCAUAUUAUCGUCGCUAUUCAGUUUUAUUAUUUUAAUACAUAA